CAUACUUUAUACAUCAACAUGACAAUAAAAUUUCCAAAAAAUAACCUUAAAAAUUAAAUAAUAAUUUCUUUCAAAAUUUAAACUAAAAUGCCGAAUACUAGACGUAGAAAAUUUUCAGUUAAGCAAAAUAUAAAACUGAACGAAGUUACACAAUCACAAAAUGCCGUUCAAGUAAAUAUGUUAUAUAAUAAUCUAUACAACACAAAUUUAAUCACAAAUGGAGAUCAAACUGUACAGAAUACAUCGAACAAUGAAGAGAACCAAUUAGAUUCUAUAAAUUCAAACGUUAUUUCAUCAGUGAAAAGUGCCUUACUUUUAGUGGACAAAGAUGUAUUAGUUAGUUUAAGCAAGGAAGAUUUAAAUAAAGAUUCCCAUAUUGAAACACCAUGUUGUGAUAAAUCAAUAAAUAUAAGUAUAGUAGAUACAACAAAAGUACCUGAAUCUAGUAAACAAAGAAAUAUAACGCGAAGGGAAAGAUAUGCACGGCAACAUAAAAUAAAAAUAAGAAAUCCAAGGCGAAAAAUGCUAGUACCUCACGACAAAAUAUCUUUUAGUCAAUCUGAAGGAACUAACACAGAUAUUUGUAGAUCAACAAUUGAGAAACCAAAUGAAGAAACCGUCUCUGCUGGAUAUCCUAAUAUAGAAAGAGGGAGUGAUAAUUCCAUUGAGGAUAUGUGUCGUAUUUGCCAUGGAGGAGACACAUUUUGUCAAGAACUUGGUGAUCUGAUAUCUGCUUGUUCUUGCCGAGGAACUGUUGGUAGAGUACACGUGAGAUGUUUGGAACGGUGGUUGACGGAAUCUGGAAAGUCCAGAUGUGAACUAUGCGGAAUUCGAUAUGUAACCAGACGAGUCCAUCGAUAUGGUGUACCAAGAUCUCUCGUUAUGUGGAUUUUAAGUCAAAAUGCUAAACAGUUAAUGGUGGAUACCCUUGGUAUAGUACUGAUGUCUCCCCUCGCUAUACUAGCGGCGUGGCUUUCGGGCAAAACCUUUGCUGCGCUGAUCUCACAGGAAAACCAUACAUCACCUGCACCUUGGCCACUCGCUUCAACUUUUGUCCUGGCCUGUAUGACACUUGUUUGCUACUAUUGCUGGAUAGUAUCGGCGACGACCCGCCACACUCUGAGCUGGUGGAUUUGGUACCGGGCGCAGUACGAAGUGAGGCUACAACUCAACCGCGAUAGCGAAGAAUGAACAUGUCUUGUGGCAUCUUACUUUGUUACUGUUUACGCGCAACUAUAUUAUAUAGUACAUGGAAAUAUUAAACAUAAGGAAAUUUUGUAAUAAAUUGGUAUGAAAAGGUC